AUGAACACGCCAAUGCCUGCAGGCUUGCCGGGCAGUCAAGGCUACCUAGUCGCCAUCGAAGUUCAGGAAAAAAAGGUCUUUCACGUCGACGUGACGAAGCUCCAGAAAUACCCGAAGCUUUACAUGCAGCUCUAUCAUGCUCCGCCAUCGUAUCCAUAUCCCUCCUACCAUAACGGACCUCAUGCCUACCUCAAUUUGCACAAACUGCCUCAAGGUUCCGGACACAUACUGUGGGAGUAUCUGUCAUUUGGGACGUUUAAUCGCCUCCGGGGCUAUCAUUCCGAGAGAACGCAAGAAGGGUACUUUAAAGACAUUUUUCACCUACAUAAUCUUGCAAACAAGUUCGACAUGGAGGACCUCAAGUCGGAGUCCGCGAAAGAGAUCUUCCGCAAGGCUCAACAGAUGGGCCUUAUGGAACUAACCAACCUCCUUGAAGAGUUGAACUACCAGUCUGACUUGUUCCCAAGUCUUUCCGUGUACUUGGAGAAGCGACUGGUUGGUUCCGCUUUGGAUUACUAUCAGGGAGGCAGCCAAAGGGCAUUGGCCGAACUACAGGCCAAGCCAUCACUCUCAGUCGCCCAGAUACUCUUGAAAGCACUCAUAGAGAUUAGCGAAUCUGGGUGCAAGUUGGGUGAACGGAACUCCACGUCGGACGAGGUGUCUACAAGGAAGCUCGAUGAGACAACGGCUGCUUCUGAUAUUGGUUGGGAUGAGCCCAAGGUCCCCGAUACGCGGUGGAUCAACCCGAAUGGUGAAAUUACGGGAGUGAGAAAGUCAGUUGAUAUUCGAUUCUUCGGUGCCGCUGCCAAGCAGGCGACCAGAACGGAGAAAACUAACUCUCCCGAACCGCCAUUUGAGCGAGCAGCCGCGCGCGAACCAACUUUCGAUGUUCUCGCCAUGUCUUAUGCUCAGCCGCUUCCUACUUUGGUUAGAUGUAAUCUACCUAUGCCUCCCCCGCUAUCCAGAGAUGCAUCAACGACUUUGAGUUAUGGAAGCACCCCUUACUCUGGCAGGGUAACAAGACCAGAGAUUCAAGUGGAACGGACAACGAAAGCUGUGGGUUACCCAGAGCUGACACCAACUGGAUCCGAGGGGAAUGUACCCGAAUACAAGAUGACCUCCCUUGACACACCUGGGCGAUCCUCGAGAUCUUCUUCGAAUACCUUGGAAGGCAACCCUGUUCAAGUAGGACCCAUGGAUUGGGAUGUUGAAUACGACUAUGGCUCCUAG